GGCUGUUUGCACUGCAAAGCCAGGAGAGGAUAUUCCCGCCGUUGGGUGGAAGAGAAAUUAUCCAGCCCCGCGGAGCGGUUCGGCCCGGCUUUUCCGGAGAGAGGCGGCCUUCCUCCCGUCCCGAGGAGGGUGACGUGACAGGUGGGACGCCCACAGGUAGCCGUGACCCUGGCUUCCAGGGUUCCUGGCGCUCUGGCCUCUGCGGCGACCGAGCUUGCUCUGCAGUGGAGUGUCUUCUCUGGUGUCCCCUGGCAUGGAUAAAAUGCUUCCCGCAGCCCCGGCCACGGCUGUUCAGCUUUCCUGUUGUGGCUGUAAAAGAGCUCUUCGGAAGGGACAGACAGCUUUUCAGAGGAAAGGGUCCACUGAGCUUUUCUGCUCACGACUGUGCAUCGGUGACCUCGCGUCACCCGCCGUCGCAGCAGCUCCUGUCAAGAGGAUGUGCUUAAACUGCUCCAGAGACAUUUUAAAUCUGAAGGAUAUGAAGAGUGUCCCAUUGGAGGAUAGUAGCUGUAACAAAAACUUUUGUAGCCAAUCUUGUCUUUCAUCAUAUGAAGAGAAAAGGAAGCCAUGUGUUACUGUGUGUUCUGACAGCACUUUAAAGUGCUGCGUGUGUCAGAAGACAUCUGCUAAACCACCCAGAAUACUUAGAUCUUUUCCUUGCAAAUCACUGAAACUGUCAGAUGAGAUGAUUGUGAUUACUAAUGACUUGGGGAGCAUAGAGGUUCUCUGCUCUGUUUGUUUUUCUUCAUACAACAGUGCUGUCAUGGAAUCUUCUCCAGUUAAUGUUUCCAUGGUGCACAGUGCUUCAAAAGAGAAUCUUUGUCCAAAGAAAUAUCCAAUUCCUGUUAUAAGCAAUAUAAUGUCAUUUGUAAAUGAUCAUGUUGACCUGCUCGUGAACACUGAUCUCUUACAAGGUACACUUUCUUCCGGACCUACAAAUGGUAUUAUAGAUAGCUCACGCAGUGAAUCCAGUAGUGAUGUUGGCAGCAGUAUGGAGCAGCCACGCCUCCUCCCAUCCUCAUCAGGGCUCUUUGAGGACACCGCUGGCCGCAGUGGGGAAGUACAGAACGACAGAGAGGCAAGCCAGGAUUCUACGUACAACCUGGAAUCUGUGAAAGUAAAUGAUAGACCGUGUUAUUCAAAGUCCACAGCCACAAUACAAAACGUUCAAAAAGAGCCACAAAAUAGUAGAAAAUCUUGGCGCCCAGGUUUUCAGCCUAUGAACACCAAUACUAAGAAUGAUGUUGCAUUCUGCUAUUCUUGCCACUUGUUCUACCAGAAAAGUUUUAGCUGCCAGAGACAAACUUUUGCAAAAGGAACUACUGACUGGGAGAAAAUGCUGGAAAAAUUCAGAAAGCAUGAAGAGAGUGAAAUGCAUUUAAAGUCAUUGCAAUUUUGGAAGCAAUACCAGUUUCUUGACGAUCCACAUGAUGAUUCAUCAGGUCUUUCAAAACAUACUGAAGGAAAUAAAAAGUACCUAAAGCUCAUCAUUGAAAACAUUUUAUUUCUUGGAAAACAAUGUUUGCUCUUAAAAGGAAAUGACCAGUCUAUUUCAUCCAUUAAUAAAGGCAAUUUUUUGGAAUUACUAGAAAUCAGAGCAAGAGAUAAAGGAGAAGAAGUGUUUCGGCUUAUGAGUUCACACAUUGACUUCUAUAGUAGUUCAGAAGUCCAGGGGGAGAUUAUUGAAAUAAUAAAGGCUGAAAUGUUACAGGACAUUGUGAGUGAGAUCAAUAUCUCCUCAGCUUUUUCAAUAAUAUGUGAGGAGAUAACUGAUGGUGCCACAAAGAGACAGCUUUCCGUGUGUGUGAGGUACCCACAAAAAACACCACGUGCUGUCUUUGUUAAAGAAAGGUUUCUGGGGUUUGUCACUAUUGAGGAGAUGGCAGGGGCCCAUGUACACAGGCAUAUCAAAGCUUACCUGCAGCAGGUUGGAGUUGAUUUUAAUAAAAUAUGUGGCCAAGCCUACGAUAGUGCCACAAAUUUGAGGAUAAAGUUUAAUGAAGUUGUAACAGAAUUCAAGAAGGAAGAACCAAGAGCUUUGUAUGUACACUGUUACGCACAUUUUUUUGAAUUAGCAGUAAUUAGUUUUUGUAAAGAAAUAAAAGAACUCCGAAGUACACUAACUACGCUCAGUUCUUUCUUCAACACUGUUCGUGUGUCUGGAGAAAUGUUGGCAAGUUUGCAAACCAUGUGUAAGCUAAGUCAAAAUAAAACUUGUGAAAGACAUACCUCACAGUCAUGUUGGACAGCCCAUGAUCAUUUGUUACUGUCUGUGACUGACUGCCUUCCCGAGAUUAUUGAAACACUGGCGUCUGCAGCGCGCCAGGCCUCAGGCACAGCUGUGGCCGAUGAACUCAGUGAUUUGUUGGUGAUGGUUACCAAGUUUGAAUUUAUAUUUUGUUUGAAAUUUCUUUAUCGAGUGCUCAGUAUUGCAGGAAUUCUUUCAAGAGAGUUUCAAAGUGAAACUGUUGAUAUCUUUUCUUUGUUUUCAAAAAUAGAAGCAAUUUUGGAAUGUUUGUCUUCUGAAAGAAAUGAUACAUAUUUCAAAACUAUAUGGGAUGGAGCAGAUGAAAUAUGUAAAAAAAUAACCAGCAAGGGUUUUGAUGUUGAAAAACCCUUUUUUCAAAGAAGAAAAAUUCAGAAGACGGUAGAUCCUGGCAACUCAGAGCAUGUGUUCUUUCUUACUUCAGCAGAUGAACAUUAUAAAAAUAAUAUUUAUUACCAAGGUUUGGAUACUAUAUUAAAAAAUUUAAAGUUAUAUUUUUCAGAGUUUGAUUAUUGCAAAAUGAAACAAAUUUCAGAGUUGUUAUUUAAGUGGAAUGAACCAUUAAAUGAAGCAACAGCCAAACAUAUCCAGGAAUUCUAUCGGCUUGGUGCAGACAUUAUCCCUGAGCUCAGAUUUUACCGGCAGUACGCAAGUCUCAAUUUUGUCACUGAGUGUGGUCCCUUAAGUCUCUCUGACCUUGGCUGUUUGUUUAUUCAGCAUGGUCUCCACAAUAACAUUCCCUGUAUGUCAAAACUGCUACAUACUGCUCUAUCUUGGCCAAUUACUCCAGCAAAUAGUGAGAAGUCAUUUUCCACACUGCCUCAUCUUCGAACAUACUUACUCCGCACCAAGGGACAAGAGAAGCUGAGCAGCCUGGCCCUGAUGGCUGUCGAGCAGGAGCUGGUCAAUAAAUUGAUGGAGCCUGAGAGACUCAGUGGACUCGUCGAAAAGUUUAUCAGUCAAAUGAAAGAGCCAUAAGACUUAAAACUUUGCACCUAAUUAAAAGAAUUCUGUGGUUCUAUUGGAAUCCUGGUACAGUUUUGCUUUUUAGUUCUUUUGAGAUAGGGUCUUACUAUGUAGCCUAAGCUAGUCUUGAAUUUGUAAGCACUAUGAGUAACCAACCCUCUUACCUUCUGUCUUUUAAACUAUGACACACUGUGUUGGGCACAUGUACAGUUAACACAUUUACUGAGCAAGUAGUACAUACCAGACAGUAUUUUAAGUGCUGGAGAUCCAGCAGAGAAUUAGAGGAGUCUGGAGUCCAAAGGAAUGUAGAAAUCCAGUUAGAAGUCAGACUUAGCAGCCACACUCCUGGAAUCUCACCAUGCUGUUUCCCCAGGACUGUAACUCAGUUGUAACACACUUGCUUAGCAUGCAGAAGGAAGUCCUGUAAUAUCAUCAUGACUGACUGCUAAGGAUUAUUUCCAUUUUUAUUUAAAAACCACUGCUGGGAAGCUAGUAAAUCUACAGGAGCAAAGGAUUAGAGGCCUAACUGGAAUAAGACCCUGGCACCAGCAGAGAUACGGAGUGGCUGUGAGUUUAACGUUUGAAAAACAGAGUGUGAACUAGGUAGUAAUCGCCCUUAACAUCUACGGUAGCUCAUUCCAGGAGGAGAGAGAGUAGGGAUGUAGGGAGAACUUUAGCAAAAGCCAGAUUCAGCUUUGAUUCUCUCACCCACCUGCUUCAUUUGAGGAAGUUUAAGCAGGUAGCACCUGACCUUCAUUCAGGAGCAGGAAACUCCAUAUUUUCAGAUCUGGGCUGUCCAGAGCUUCCGCUGAAUUCUGGGCCCCCAGUAGUCACAUGGUCAGUCCUGCUAUCUUAAUUCAAUCCCCAGGAAAAGCUGAAAGCCAGAGCAGAGGGAGCCCAGCCCCCAUGCCUUUGAGGCAGUUGAUGGAAGAGGGCCCCUUGAGUUUCUGUGAUAUAGAAGGGAUCUGGGAGAGGUGGUGUUUCCUCGGCCGGAUACAGAGCAGAGCUUCCCAGACUGGAACCAAUUCCAUGGGAGCUACAAGACCCUAGAAUUGUCCUGUGAUCCGUCUCAGUUUCCCUUAGAUCUCAGCCACUGAACUGCACCUGCCCUGGCAAGUGCGUCUCCAGCCUCCGUGUCCUCAGGGUGGACAUGUGGUGGACAAAGCCUGUCAGUUCAAGUCAUGGUCUGGUUACUCCCAUCUUCAUCGACUGCACUGUCUCUGUUACACCACAGCCCAGUUUGUGCCAGAAUUUGCUUGUCUCUCCUGUCAUCUCUGCCAGAGAUCGCUUGCUGUUACUAACCAUCCAAUCCUCGAGAAAAAUCCUAGAGAUCCUUAACUGUACAGCAAAGGCCAGCAUCUCAGACUGGGACCAGCAAAAGCAUAGGCAGGCAAACAUAAGGCUGGCUGUCUUGCAGCGUGGGGUCCUGUGGCUCUCCGGCAUGCAAGAAGGGUCUCUAGCACUUGGGUUGUAGGAAGGACUGGUAGUUGGCAUAGUGGGGAAGUUAAGGGUAGACCAGCACAGCUAGGCCAUCAUGUACAUCUCUCAAACUAGCCAAAGCACUUUCUCUAGUCCUACUAAGAGAAAACACCUUUAAUCCCAUCACUUAGGGAGGCAGAGGCAUGGAGAUCUCUAAGUUCGAGGCCAGCCUGGUCUAAAAAGUGAGUUGAGGACAGACAAGGCUACACAGAAAAACCUGUCUCAAAACAUACACGCACAAAAAAGCCACUUCCCACUUAAAGCCUUUUUUAGGAUACAUGUUGUAGAAGUGGACGUAGGGAUUGCGGUUUUGUACUUCUUAAGCUUUAAUUAGGCCCUAGGCAUACUUUCACAUUACCACCAGCAUAUCUGCCUUUUGUCUUAACAUUGUUCAACUGUUGUUAACUAUCAGUCUGCUUCUGAGUGCAUUAAGAGCUGCUUGUUGGGAAUAAAAGGGAAUUGACCUU